AUGUCCUCCGAGCCUAGCACCGAAGAGGUGCCCAACAGCAACUUGACUGAGAGAAACCUUGCUUUACAUAAUACCAUUGAAGAAUCUGAAGAGUCAAGAAACGGUGUCAUGUCGUGGAUAGAGAAAAUCAUAACCGAAGAGCGAAUCCAUCAACACUUCUCUCAGCUCGGGAUGCAACGCUUGAGCGCGCAUGGCCAAGACAAUGUCGACAUCGAACAGGCCAUGGAUCACCUCAGUCAGGUUACCUUUGCCUCGAAUUCCGCGGAAACUCAGAACCAAACCACCGCGAGCCUGAAGCUCUUCGAACAACAGCAGCCAGGAGCUUACCGCGAGACCCCGCUUGAGCGCUUCUUGACCCCGGAUGGAUGCAGCGACCUUAGCUUUUACGCUCGAGAAGCCCUGUCGCAACUGGGUACUGAAUUUGGCGAUAUGGAGGGACAGGAUAAACGCAAAGCGAAAGCCAAGGAAAACAUAGAACUGGUUAUCCGCAACAAGGCGCAGAAAGGAGUGAGAAAGGGGUUAGGUGAUGGAGAAAAGUGA